UAAGCCCGCGAGCGGUAUUUUUUUUUAUUGUAUUUCUUGGUAUUUCUUUACCCUUUUAAUUCCAAAAAACCAAAAUCCAAAUUUGUAGUAGUUGUUCUCUUGAAAUUUUUUAGACUUUUCGAUUCACUUUUCUGGAAAUUGAAGCUCCAGUUGUCAUAUGGAUCCGCGAUACACCGGGGAGAUACUCAAGCACUUGGAGAGGCAGAAUGAGCUGCUUACAGAAUCCCAUUCAUUAAUUUCUCACGAAUUGCAUAAACUUCAGGUGGAGGAAGAGAUGUUGAUGCGUAAAUUUUAUGAACUUAUGGAGGCUCAAGGUCUAAAUAAAAAGUACGAAAAUUCAGAUACUAAGGAAAUAGAGCAUUCCACUGCUAUCGUUGGUCCAAUAUGCAAUGAAGAUGAUGAAGCGGGGAAUUCCACUGCUUUAGUUUGUACGACGAGCGAGACACAGUAGUGAGAAUGCUUGUUCAAGCAUAUCUCAAUCAUGAACUCCGAACACUUUUUUUGGAUUUAGUGUAAAGAGUUUCCUCUCCCCCUCCUCCCUCUUCGAGUUGGGUUAUUAACAAUUCACUUGUCAAUUGAAUGAUUUGCCAACUGAAAUUAAGCAUUUGAUAGGCAAUUUGUUCAUAAAUUAUACGCUGAUAUGUACCUUGAUCUAAACUCUGUAAACCAUUUUGAAAGUGUUUUGGGUAUUUUUCUCUUA